GGUCUGUUUGGUGUUCCAGAACUGAGCUGUCCAGAGGGAUUUCAAGAAGCGCAGGACAAAGCAUUGCAAGAAUCGGAACAGCUAGUCCAGAAGGCCUGUUCAACACCUCCUGGAGCAGAGACAGUGAUGAUCUUUGAUCAGCUUUCAGAUGCCUUGUGCAGAGUAGCAGACUUGGCUGAUUUUGUGAAAAUUGCCCAUCCGGACUUUGCGUUCAGAGAAGCUGCUGAAGAAGCUUGCAGGAACAUUGGUACCAUGGUAGAGAAAUUAAAUACAGAUGUUGAACUGUGUCAGAGUUUGAGACGUCUGCUAGCUGAUGAAGUUGUUAUGAGUUCUCUAGAUCCAGAAACCAGGCGAGUGGCAGAACUUUUUAUGUUUGAUUUUGAGAUCAGUGGCAUUCAUUUGGAUGAAGAAAAGCGUAAAAAGGCAGUCAACCUCAACGUCAGAAUAUUGGAUUUAUGUAACGAAUUUCUGACGGGAACUCACCUUCCCAACAAGAUUGACAAACACAUUUUGCCAGAGCAUAUUCGGCAUAAUUUUACAGCUGAAGGCAAUUACUUACAAGUUGCUGGUCUGCAUGCUGAUUGUCCUGAUGAUCUGGUGCGAGAAGCUGCUUACAAGAUUUUUCUUUAUCCAAAUGCUGAGCAGUUUAGCCGUUUAGAAGAAUUGCUUGCUAGCCGAAACAGUCUGGCACAGCUGGUUGGGUACGACACCUUUGCCCACAGGGCUCUCCAGGGAACAAUGGCCAAAAAUCCAGAGACGGUAACACAGUUUCUGGAGAAGCUUUCUGACCAGUUGUCUAAAAG